GGAAUUUCGAGCAUUUGGCGCCUGAAGCUUUCAGUUUUGAAGAGAGUUGUUCGUGGCAUGGCGAGCACUUUAUAGUUAAAGCGAUGGUUAUAAGUUAAAAAUCAGCUUUGCAAAGCUCCAGGGACUUUGCGCGAUGGCCACCAGCAAAAUUGUGAAUGGUAUCGCAAGCCAGGCGGCCGAGGCGAAAAAGAGAAUGACGAAAGAGGACGACGAAGGCAAACUCUUCGUGGGCGGACUCAGCUACGAAACCACUAAAGAAACUUUGACGGAUUAUUUUAAUACUUUUGGUGAAGUUGUCGGUGUUGAAAUAAAAAUGGAUGCAUUGACGGGUCGCUCAAGAGGGUUCGCAUUUGUACAAUUUAAGGAUCCGAAACAAGCAAACGCGGUCUUGCAGCAUGGAGGUCCACAUUUAUUAGAUGGGAAAACAGUUGAUCCCAAGCCAGCAGCACCUAUAAAUAAGCCACCUCAUUUGAGAGUAAAGAAAAUAUUUGUGGGAGGACUAAAACCAGAGACCACUGAUCAACAGAUUAGAGACUAUUUUGGAUCAACUUAUGCACCGGUAAGAGACAUAGAAUAUGUCACAGAACAUUUAACCCAGAAGAGACGAGGUUUCUGUUUUGUUUCCUUUGAUUCAGAAGACACAGUAGACAAGAUUUGUGAAUUACAGUUCCAUCAUAUUGAUGGUAAUAAGGUUGAAGUAAAAAGAGCUCUUCCAAAAGAAGUUCAACAGCAGCAAGCUGCACUUCGUGCUGCAGUGGCAGGGAGAGGAAUGAUCCCAGCAAUUGCCACAGCUUUUGGAGUUGUGCCUGGAAGAGGAAGACCAGCUGCAGGUAUAAGCAGAGGUCCAUUCCGUGCUGGUACGGCGGCUGGAACUGCUGGGCUUAGUCUCACAGCCGCUGCUGCUGCUUAUAACCCUUCAUAUGCUGCAGCUGCCCUUUAUGGAGCACUUGGCACAGGUGCAGCCUAUGACACUGUCUACCCUACUUCCUAUGGUGGUAUACCUGGCUACCCAGGGUACUCCCCUGCAACGUUUCCCACCGCAGCCACAGGGUACCCCAGUGGGUAUGAAUUACAUCUCGGAGCCAGCAGAGAUGCACGAUAUCCAGGCAUGUGUAUGCCAGAUAGGGAUCACAGAGGUGCAAUUAGAAAAGAUUUAUUUAUCGGGUCGUCAUCCAACCUUUAAGUUUCCCAGAGAAGUACAGCUGUAUGUAUACUCCAACCAACAGCACUCAGCAUGAAUGCUGUAUUUAUUCAUGAAUUUUAUUGAGAGCCAGGAGGUCGACAUUUUCAUACAGAGUCUUAUAUUUUCUAUAAAGUGAAUUGAAUUUGUCAAGGUCAUUAUUUAAUGUACAUUCAUCAGUAUUUGUUGGUUAGCUUGGGUUAUUUCAGUGCACACCAGGGGCUACGUGAGCAUGUACCAAGGCCUUACCUGUUAGUGCGUAAUUUAUGUUUGCCAGAUGUUCUUUUGGUUUGGUUUUUUUUGGACCAUAUAUUUCUUUGUUUUUUUAAUUUUAGUUUAGCUGUUAGAAUUUUUCUUAGUUUCUUAUGAGUUAUAAGGAUCAUCAGGGUUUUGUUUCCUUAGAAGUGAGUACAGUUGGUAUUGAGAUCAGUAAAAAUUAUUUGGAUCUGACAUUGAAGAACAAAUGAAACUUAAACAUAACUCCAACAUCUGAGUCAUGAAAUUCUUGCAUCCCAAAGUUGAAGUGAUGAUACCCCCCCCCCCUAGAAAGUAUAGCUUUGAGUUUUGCAAAUGUUUCUUUUUUGUGUUGCAAUUAAGGCAAUAACAAAUGAAUGUGUAAUAGGGAUAGUCUACAUGGUACAAAUUGAAAGAAAGUACUGAUAAAUGUAAUGAAGAAUACAUCCUGUUAGGCCACUUGCAUCCUGUUGGGCCAUACCAGGCCAGACUAGAAACCAGUCUGUCCUGGUAUGCGGAACAAAUUUAGGCAGUCAAUCCAUAUGGGAAAGCUCCCUCUGGCUGCUGAGCCUAGAUUCUAGCCUGGUGGGAAGUUUCCAUUUGGUUACCAAUGUCAACAAGGGGCAACCUUGCAAGUUUAUCCCAGUAACCAGGCCGGAAUGUGCGUAUAAAAAUUUUCCAGCCCAGCUCCUGAGACCUUACUUAAAAACUAGUCAUUUUCCUCAAAUGCACAUCUGAAUUUGGCAAAGUGAAGAUUAUCUCAUAUACAGUACCAACGUGUAUACACAAGCCCCAUCUGUUUUCCUCAUGUGAAGAGGCCCUCAGAGCUGGUAUGUAAAUUGGUUGGAUAAACUGACUUCCACAUAGCUAGAGGACUGUCUUGUUCAUGUUUUGGUGUUGGAAGUAGUAAAUCAGUGGUCAAUGAAGCAUUUUCAUGAGAAUUACAAGUAUUGGUUUUUUUGCAUACAAGAUUUGUAACUAUUUUUUGAUUUGAAAUAGAUUUCCAUUUUUCCAAUUUUUUUUCUUGUUUUGCUCCUUUUGUGCCAGAUUCAUUUGUGUCUGACAUUCAAAGAAUGAAUCUGUAAAUGUAAAUUUCCUUGGGUAACACUCUUCUUCAAACCCAAACUUUUUUAGACUUCUUGAUAAUGAGGUAAUUGCAAGAUUGUAAAGGCUUGCAUUCUGGAGGGAAUAUUUGCUAGGAAAAGUUAGGAUUUAGGGCAAUUCACGUAGAGAGAGAACCACCAUGCAUAAAAGUCCUGUAAGCUUUCACCUUUCAAACAAUACGUGCAAAUGGCUCCCAAUCUUUAUGUCUAGAAACAAGCUGUGAAGAACUGCAUCUUGUGUAUCAGAUUGAGUCUUUCCACACGAAAUGAGCCAAAGAAGCAAACAAAGAUUGUGUUUGUAGUGGAAGAUAUUAUGUUUGGUUCUUAAGUGCCUAACAGGUGCUUUUAGUUGUGCAUUAUGGCUUUGCAAAACAGCAGUUAACAAAUUACAAGAUCAUUGUUUCUCAAUUUAUUUCCAGAAAAGGUAACUUGUAGGCUUUUACUUUCAUUGUCUAUCAGCACAAGUUUUCUUGGCAUGGGUCUAAACAUAUGAAUUGUGGGCCAUUUAGUACCAAAAUUAUCAGGAGAAAAAGUGUGUGCUGUGAACUUUAAGGAAGAUUUAAUGUUUGGCCAGCUACAGAGUUGAUUAGUGUAUAAUCUACAAAAAUGUACAAAUCACAUAUUUUUCAACACAAGAAGGGUUUGUAGUCAUUGGCUGAAGACAAAAUGCUAUCCAUUCAUUGUGCACAUAUUGUUUUAACAUCAGCAGUCAUUGGUCAACAAAUGAGCUCUUGUUUUACCCUUGCAGUGUUGACCUCAAUUUAUCAUGCAAUGUAACUGGUCUCUCCACCAGUUGCUUUUUCAAUUAAAGGUGGAGGUAAGGUGCUUUCCUUAAAACAGGUCUGUUCAACCGGGAGAAUGGGUUCUUUUUGGUGUAUAUGAAAAGAAAGUCCACCCCUUGUGUCAGGUUUGUGCAAUUCUGUAUUUAUUAUGGCCCAAAGAAUGGUGAAACUGUAUGCACCAUGAUUGUUAAUUUGUAAACUCUUGCACAUUGUGUUGCACACAUUUGACAAAGGGGCAAAGAAAACUGAUAAGUCAUACCCAAAGGAUAGGUUCCCUUCCCCCAGCAUCAGUUUUGUUAGAUCUCUGAAUCCAGGGGUUCCAUUAAGAUACAAGAUUAUCCAAGCAAGGUGUUCUGACAAACUGAGAGCAUCCUUUCAUUUUAUUAGUGGAAGAAGGAAAGAACUUUUGCAUUAGCUUAGGUUAGGACUGCAAGGGUAAAGUUAAGACGGAAAGAUAAUGUACGUAUACAAGUCUUGCAAAGCAAGAGGGUGUUCUGUGUUGAAUCAUGCACAGUUUUUGUAAUAUUUUCCCAAAGAUAUUGAGAUUACCCUUGCGUGUAUAUUUUCUUAGUAUUGUGUUGUGUUCAUGAAGUUCAUUCUAGCUUUUAAUCAAAAAUGAUACCUUUAUUUUCCUUUGGAAAA